GGAGGGAUGAGCACUGAUGCUGCUGCCUCUGUUUGCUCCGCACAUCAGCAGCGGAUCUUCUCUCAGUCAGGCAGCCUCAGGCCAGGCAGAGGCAGCGCGUCCGCCCGGAGAGAGAGAGAGAGAGAGAGAGAGAGAGCGAGAGACCCCACUGCAUAGCGUUACUCCCGGAUUAACCACAAUCACAUUCACGGCCUUUUUAAAUUGAUGUCUCCUCUUAUACCGCCUUUUGACACUGGACGGUGCUCUUGUAUCCGCAUUCAACGCGAGGAACGCCUCAUCCCCGGCUUGGUUUUUGAGGUUUGUCUCGACGACACGGAGAGGACCACACUCCCCCCAUCGUUAGCUCGCUAAGCUAGCUAGCCCGCUAACUUAGCUGUGAUACUUUGUACCGUAUCGGCGUCAGUUUUCUGCCUCGUAGCUAGCCUGCGGUCUCUUGCGCCACAGCGGUGGAUUGAGGUGCCCUGUCACUGUAGGAGCAUGAUCGAGUGACGAGCGAAGGAGGAAGUGGGAUCUCUGACGCUCCGCCCCUUCUGCUGGUGGAGCACCCUGCACAUCUGACUAGAGACCUCUUUAGUCACUUGGACAGGAGUUAUUACGCUGUGUUGAAGCAAGGUGCUUCCCCGUCACUGUUCCCGUGGUCAGAGCCAGAGCCAGAGACGGACAACAUCUGUGUCCCAACAGAAUGCGGAGGUUCGCCUACUGUAAGGUGGUUUUGGCCACCUCUCUGGUGUGGGUGAUGCUGGACAUGUUCAUUUUGCUCUACUUCAGUGAGUGCAACAAGUGUGAUGACAAAAAGGAGAGAGGACUGCCCGGGAGACAAGAUGCCCUGACCAGGCCGCGGGACGGGCCCGGCGAAGGGGGAAAGCCUGUGGUGAUCCCUAAGGAGAACCAGGACAAGAUGAAGGACAUGUUUAAGAUCAACCAGUUCAACCUCAUGGCCUCUGAGAUGAUUGCUCUCAAUCGGUCACUGCCUGACGUCCGCCUGGAAGGGUGCAAGAACAAGUUAUACCCCGAUAAUCUUCCUCGUACCAGUGUGGUGAUUGUAUUUCACAAUGAGGCGUGGAGCACACUGCUGCGAACCGUCCACUCCGUCAUCGACCGCUCUCCACACACACUGCUGGAGGAGAUUGUUCUGGUGGACGAUGCCAGUGAGAGAGAUUUCCUAAAGCGGCCGUUGGAGCAAUAUGUCAGAAGGCUUGAAGUCCCUGUCAGAGUGGUGAGAAUGGAGCAGCGGUCUGGACUGAUUCGUGCUCGCCUCAAGGGCGCGUCCAUCUCCACUGGCCAGGUCAUCACCUUUCUGGAUGCUCAUUGUGAAUGCACAACAGGGUGGCUAGAGCCUCUGCUCGCCCGCAUCAAGCAAGACAAGAGAACUGUAGUGUGCCCCAUCAUCGAUGUGAUCAGCGAUGAUACUUUUGAGUACAUGGCAGGAUCCGACAUGACUUACGGGGGCUUCAACUGGAAGCUCAACUUCCGCUGGUACCCUGUACCCCAGAGAGAGAUGGACCGCCGCAAAGGAGACCGCACGCUGCCUGUCAGGACUCCCACCAUGGCAGGCGGCUUGUUCUCCAUAGACAGAGAUUAUUUUCAGGAGAUCGGCACAUAUGACGCAGGCAUGGACAUCUGGGGUGGAGAGAACCUGGAAAUCUCUUUUAGAAUAUGGCAGUGCGGUGGGACUCUAGAGAUUGUCACAUGCUCUCACGUGGGCCACGUGUUCAGAAAGGCAACACCCUACACUUUUCCUGGAGGAACGGGACAGAUCAUCAACAAAAACAACCGACGACUGGCAGAAGUCUGGAUGGAUGAAUUUAAAAACUUCUUCUACAUCAUCUCUCCUGGUGUGACUAAAGUGGACUACGGUGACAUCACAUCUCGCACGGCUCUGAGACAAAAGCUUCAUUGUAAACCCUUCAGUUGGUACUUGGAGAACGUCUACCCUGACUCUCAGAUCCCCAGACACUAUUACUCCCUGGGAGAGAUCCGUAACGUGGAGACCAACCAGUGCCUGGACAACAUGGCCCGCAAGGAGAAUGAGAAAGUCGGCAUUUUCAACUGCCACGGCAUGGGAGGCAACCAGGUAUCUGAGGAUGAAAAAAACAACAUAAAGAAACAAAAACUGUCUAGGGAUGCCACGGUUUUUUCUUACACGGCCAAUAAGGAGAUCAGGACAGAUGACUUGUGUCUAGACGUGUCCAAACUAAACGGACCCGUCAUGAUGCUCAAGUGCCAUCACCUCAAAGGCAACCAGCUCUGGGAGUACGACCCUGUGAAGCUGACCCUGAUCCACGUCAACAGUAACCAGUGUCUGGACAAGGCCAGCGAGGAGGACAGCCAGGUGCCCAGCGUCAAAGACUGCUCACCCACACGCUCCCAACAGUGGCUACUCCGCAACGUCACACUACCAGAGGUCUUCUGACCACACUCUGCACACUCCCAAACACACACACUCUCACACACACAGCGGCCCAGGGUAAGCAAUCAGGGUAACAGACGUGUUUAUUAAAAUUGGGCACAAGGAAAGGAGAGACUUCCCAUGAGGGGAUUUCGGGAAGAGAGGAGGACGGAUUGGACGGUACUACCUCUGCCAGAGAUAAGGAGGGAGGAGUGUGUUUGACCCUCCUCGGAGUGACAGAAGAGGAAAGACUCUGUCUAGGAGACGAUGGCUGUUGUUUUAAGGAGAUUUUAACCGCAGAGAGUGACUCACUCGCUGGGCGCGAAUUAUGAGACUGGCCAGUGGAGUCAAGGUUUGCACUCACAGCUUCCCUGGACUAAACAGUCCACCCCUCAUCUCAUCAAUUAACGUUUACUCACUGCCUCUUAUGAGAGUGUGUGCACUUACGUGUGUGUGUGUGUGUGUGUGUGUGUGUGUGUGUGUGUGUGUGUGUGUGUGUGUGUGUGUGUGUGUGUGUGUGUGUGUGUGUGUGUGUGUGUGUGUGUGUGUGUGUGUGUGUGUGUGUGUGUGUGUGUGUGUACUCUGAGAUGAAUGUAUGCUUUGAGAAGGGGGCUGAAUUCCUUGUUGAUUUCUUUCUUUUUUUAUUUAAUUUUUUAAUGAAUUUUGAAAAUGAACUCUUAUGAAGAAGUGUGUGUGUGUGUGUGUGUGUGUGUGUGUGUGUGUGUGCGUGCGUGUGUGUGGUUCAGAGCCCCUCCUACAGUCCUGCAGCAGUGUAUGUCUCCCUCUGGUGUUUGUCCUCGGCAUCUCAUCCUACAGGCAAGCCUCCUCGCUGAGGAAUUUCGAAGGGCCCAUUCAAAGGGCACAUUUAAAAAAAAAAAAAAAAAAAAACAACAGGACCGAACACGAGGACCCGACGACGUCUGCCAUCCGCAGAGAUCUAGAGAUAGAGAAAUAUGUUUGUGAUAUCUUGAGAUUUCUAUGUCAAGUUUUUACAUGGCUUUGUCUGUUUUUACUGUGAGAGUGCAACAGAGCAGUAACCCUAGUCUGUCUGUCCGUCUCUGUUGUCUUUAAAGAUGUUUAACAUAGAGCUUACAGACACACACACACAUACACAGAGGACUCUGCAUAUGUAACUGAUAUUCACUGCCUAAUGUAGUGUGUUAAACUAUAGGGAACUCCCCCAUAAGGCACUACAUAGUCACACACACACCCUGUAUACAUAUAGGAAAGGCUGCACUAGCCUGAUACUUUAAUCCAUAUUGUCAUAUCUUCUUCUCAAUAACCUCUUAAAAAAUACACUCCAAGGGCUUCUUUCCUUCAGUGGAGUGUGUGGACAGUGUGUGUGUGUGUGUGUGUGUGUGUGUGUGUGUGUGUGUGUGUGUGUGUGUGUGUGUGUGUGUGUGUGUGUGUGUGUGUGUGUGUGUGUGUGUGUGUGUGUGUGUGUGUGUGUGUGUGUGUGUGUGUGUGUGUGUGUGUGUGUGUGUGUGUGUGUGUGUGUGUGUGUGUGUGUGCGAGCAUGUGUCUUCAGUACUAAUCCCCAGUCCAUCAGCUCCCUGUUCACUAGGACAAACGGCUCUCAGAUUCCUCGCUGUUGGACAAAUAGAGCCCGUAGCGUAGACUGACGUCAGAUCAGCAUAUCUCUGCGUCCGUUGUACAAAAGAGCAAAAGCUGCUUUUAUUUUCUAAACAUAGCCGAGUCGCCGCACUCUCCUGAGGACAUAUCUACAGUAGGAAAGGAAGCCUGGAAAGCUGUUGUUAGAAAAUCAAAGAGACGUCGCUGAGGUGAGUAAGGAGACUUUAUCAGAGACAGAAUAAUAAUUGUAGAGGGCUGAAGGGAGUGAAAAGAUGAACUGUGGAUUACAACGAGCGCAGCAGCAGCAGACAUAUCUUAAUCCAUAACUACAUAUCUCAUUGUGCAAGCUCACCUGCAGUAUUUCACUAUUCAUAUCUCAGUGAGCCAGACAGCUGAACAGUUACAUCAGUAUGUCAUUUUCAUUUCAACCAUUAUGCUUUCUUUAUUCAGUUUUUUUGUAUCACUCCUGCCAAUCAGAGUAGGAGAGAUGAUUUCAUAAAGGUUGUAACCAUUUGAGGAGGGGUUUACACUGGUUCAUCUUUGUUUUGGACACGAUAGUGACAGGAGGCCGUCGACUAAUUUCAUGUCGGAGCAAGUGACUGCGUAGGGAGGAUGUGAACGUUUUUUGAUUGUGAGACAGAGGGAGUGUAACGAUUGUUCAAAUUUUGGUGGUGGUGGGGGUUUGAGGGUUUGACGUUAACGGACAUGUCUAGGCUUCCACACUGAGCUGAUCCAAAUGUAGAAAAUAAAAGUGAAAAAGUUUACAGAACAAUACGAGGAAAA